UCCCCCUUAUAUAAACCCCACAUGUUCUUUGGACAUGAAAAAUCACGCACCCAUUCACUUCAAGAAAAGCAUCAUUUGGUCUCUCCUCCCUCCCCCACCGCUCUCUCUCUCUCUCACAUACACACACCCCCCCAUGGACAACUGUGAUGAAUUCAAGCAUUAUUGGGAUACCAAUCUGUUCCUCCAAACUGAAGAGCUUGACAGCUGGGGAAUAGAUGAGACUGCUUUUUCUGGGUACUAUGAUUCAAGUUCUCCUGAUGGAGCACAAUCCUGUGCAGCCUCCAAGAACAUUGUUUCAGAGAGAAACAGAAGGAAGAAGCUCAAUGAUAGGCUCUAUGCACUUAGGGCAGUAGUCCCCAAUAUCACUAAGAUGGAUAAGGCUUCUAUAAUCAAGGAUGCUAUAGAGCAUAUCCAGCAGUUGCACGAGCAAGAGAGAAGAAUCCAAUCCGAAAUAUCGGAACUUGAAUCGGGGAAAUUGAAGAGCAACAUAGUUUUCGACUUUGAUCAAGAGACACCCUUUAAUUCUAAGUCCAAGAAGAAGAAAAUUGAGCAGUCCUAUGAUUCUGGGGGUUCACAAUCAUCUCCUAUUGACGUUCUUGAAUUGAGGGUAUCUUAUAUGGGAGAGAGGACUGUGGUAGUGAGCCUCACGUGCAGUAAAAGAACAGACACCAUGGUGAAGCUUUGUGAGAUCUUUGAAUCUUUGAAGCUCAAAAUCAUUAAUGCCAACAUCACUGCUUUCUCUGGCAGAGUUUUGAAGACUGUUUUCGUCGAGGCCGAUGAAGAGGAGAGAGAAGUUUUGAAGAUAAAAAUUGAAACUGCCAUAGCAGCUUUAAAUGGUCCAGAAAGCCCUUCGAGCAGUUAAUGAAUGGAGAGAUCUGCGUGGAGAGUAACGCCCAGGGAAAAAAAGAAGGACUCAAAAUAAGAAUUAAAUGUUGUGACGUUAAUAUAGCGGUGUAUUUAGUUCUAUGUUUUUGGGUCUUGUUUUUCGGUUGGUCUAACGUUAUCCUUGUGUGUGAAAUUGACCCAAUAGAUUCAUAAAGAAAGCUUAGUGUUUUUUUGUCCCUUGAGUAUGGUCUUGUGUUUUGCGUUUUGUGUUUUGGUCAUCAGUUUCUCUUUGUAUUAUGUGAUCCGUAUUUUGUUGUUAAGCCAUUAGAUCUCAAUGAAAAGAGGUGUUUUAUAAUUUGUGUUUAAACACUAUUUUUUAGGUUAUAAGAC